AUGUCAUCCCGCGCCAUUCGGAAGCUGCAGAAACUGCGUGAGCAAGAGCAGCUGGAACAAGCGCAGCAAGAUGAGUCAAGCGACGAUGAGCCCGCGCGCCCCGCGAAGCCCAAGUUUAACGCAUUCGACCUGUUGAACGCGGGUGACGAAGAACAUGAACCUGAAUCGGAAGAGGACAUACGGGAAGCGACCUCCCCAGAGCCAGUCGAGCCCGAGUCAACCCCAGUCAAAAGCAAGAGUGCCAACAAGAAACGGAAGAAGAAAAAGAAGGCGGCUAAAGCUGCGGUUUCUAACGAUGCGACUCUUGCAAAGUCCGACGAUACUCAACUGGAUGAAAUUGACAAGGCGCUGAAAGAACUGGCGACUGGUGACCAACCGCCAGUCGGUGUCGGUGCGGCUGCUAGUACUGCAGCGGACUCUCCCGACGCUUCGUUCCCGAAAACCACCGCCGCCCUGCUUUCUGUGGAGCCCAAAUACCUGAACGCGACGAAUGAGAUGCGCAGGCUAUUUGGGAAUGUCGUGCUGGAGAACUUUGAUCAGCCUGCCGACUCAGGAACGGGCCGUAGGCGGGAUCGCAAUCGCGAAACGGUUGAUCUCGGCCGCGCAUUGACUGGAAGAUACAGCCCGGCGAGCCGGGGGCAGAGCUUGGCUGGAGUGACACUGCGUCGGAAUGUCCUGAUGCAAGGCAGAGACGAAUGGCCGCGGGCCCCCAGUGGAGGGUUGGGCAUGGAGGUAGUUGACAAACUGCCUUUUGGUGAUACGCUCUAUCGAAUUGUUCAUAAUGCCGCCUAUCAAGAUGUACAGAGACAGUUUGACCUCUGUGUUGAGUCGAUGGACCCGCAGAGGUUGAUUCAGCACCUCCAGUACAACCCUUACCACAUCUCCACCCUCCUCCAAGUCUCUGAGGUCGCCAAACACCAAGGCGACCAUGCUGUAUCUGCCGACCUGCUGGAAAGAGCACUGUUUAAUAUUGGACGGUCCGCUCAUUCGUCAUUCGGGAAUCGUCUCAAGGAAGGCCAAGCGAAACUUGACUUUCUGCACGGCGAGAACCGGGAGCUUUGGCUUGUUGGCUGGAGGUAUAUGGCCAACCUCGGCAUGAAGGGCACAUGGAGGACCGCCUAUGAGUGGGCGAAGCUUCUGCUCAGCUUGAAUGACACCGAUCCCUACUGCAUAAGGCUGUUGAUUGACCAUCUUGCUCUCCGUGGCCGGGAGUAUGCUCACUUUGUCGAGCUGUGUACGCAAACACGGUUCAGUCGUGACUGGGCCGAUCUUUUGAAUAUUCAAUGUUCUCUGGUUAUGGCCUACCUACGGUUGAACAAGCCACAAGAGUGUCGUCGACAGCUACAGAUGGCCAUGUCCCGCUACCCGUGGGUGUUUAAUCGGCUGGCACAAGAGCUAGACCUCCAGCACAUCCCCAAGCAGAUCUGGGGCAAGAUGCCCCCAACUGACUCCCAUGAGCUGUUUACGGAGCUUUAUAUCUCUCGUGCAAAGGAUCUAUGGAACACCCCAGAGGCCGUGUCUCUGAUCAUGGAAGUUGCCGACAGUCUUUCAGGCGAGGCGGAGCCCGUUGAAGUACCAGAAAUUACUCUGGACAUUGCCCGCCAUGUGGUCUUGUCUGAUAUCCCCAAAGUUACCACUCAUCUUCCGAACCACUUUGUGUCGGGUCGUCUCUCUGCUUCUGACCCUCUACCUCCACACGAGUCUGAAGCUUUCCGCCAGCAAUCCGACCCGACACCGUCUUAUAUCUCGCGGAUCCCAGAAGGCGGACGGCCACAGUGGCUGCGCAACCUGCUGGACCAAAUGAACAACGGCGCUAUUCACUUCCCCCGAUUUGCCGAGGAUCAGAAUGAUGAGGAUGAUGUCCCUGAGACGGACGAAACCCACCGACCAGGACACGCACCGGAUGAACAAGCUCUCGAGCCGUGGCUCUUACAAGACGGCCUCGAGUCACUGCAAAUGUUCCUGCACCAGUAUGGCGUCGAUCGGGGCAACUGGGGGGAUGUGGUGGAUUUUUCUCCGCUGUCAGAGUACCUGGAGGGACUGCUCAAUAUUCAGCCGGAGUCGUCGCGACAGCAGUUACUGCACGGACCCAUCAAGGAGGUGAUUGGAGAGUUUGCCGUGAACAUGCUUGAAGACGAGCUGACCAUGAUGCUGGAAGAAACCGAUGAGGAGGAGGAAUGA